AGGGCCGCGAGCGAAGUGAGGACGUGGCAAGCUCUCAGAGACAGCGGAGCGGACGUGGAGGGGCCUUUCCGGUGAGCGGCGGCGGCGGGCACAGGAAGCGGAAGCCGGCACCAGCGGCGGCCCGACGACCAGCAGGAGCGGGGACAGCCGGUUGAGGUGAAGGCUAGUUUGGGGAUGUGAGCACAAUGAGCGUAAACCAGCCAACUCACACAGGGCCACCUUAUGGGCAGCCACAGCCUGGAUAUGGAGGAUACCUGCCGCCUGGUUACGGAGGGCAGCCAAUCCCGACCGUUCCCGUCUCACAGUAUGGUGCUUACAAUGGUCCAGUGACAGGAUAUCCGCAGACAGCCCCCCCACAAGGUUACUUUCCUUCAAUGGGGUUUCCUUCUAAGGGCUCUCCUGUCUCUCUUGAUUCUGAUGCUUCUUUUACUCCCAACUUCAUAGGUUCCCUGAGAGCUCCCACUACUUCUGGAGGAGGACCUGCUUCAGCAUCUGGCUCAUUAGUUCCUCCUGGACAGCCGGCCUAUAGUCAGUUUGGACAAGGAGAUGUACGUAAUGGGAUUCCUGCAUCUACAGCUCCAUUGCAAAGACCUCCUGCUUCUCAACAGUUCAUGCCUGGAACAACGCCCACACCUGUUACCCAAUCAGCUACUUUCCAGUCAUAUGGGCCACCUCCAACAAGCACACAGCAGCUGACCAAUCAUAUGGCUGGAAUGCAUAUAGGUGGUGUUUCAACCUCUGUUCCCUCCCCAGGUGUACUGGGCUAUGGUCCCCCAACAUCAGUUCCUCCUGCCUCAGGAAGUUUUACUUCGAGUGGAUCUGGGCAAUAUGUGCCCUAUUCAAACCAAGGACCGCCACCUCCUGCUGUGCCCCAUGGAUUGCCUCCUACCACCUUGUCUCAGGGUCUUCCUAUGGCACAGCCUGCUAUUUCUGGUCCUCCGUCAGCUCUGAACCUCUCACAUCAAGCUCCUGGGUUUGCCCCGCCACCUUCAUCUUCUGGGGUCGGUGCUUCCAAUUACCCUCCUGCUGCAGGAGUUUCAAGGCCUCCCCCGAUGCAGGGUACAUCAUUACCGGGACAAGCAGCUACUGGGCCACCCACUUCCCAGCCAAACCAUGUGACCUCACCACCACCUCAGCCAUCUAUGUCAGGGCCACCCCUUGGACCACCAAUGGCAGGCUUGCAAGGACCACCUCCCAGCCAUCCUUCCCAAGCAGGAUAUGCACUGCAGCAGAAUGGGUCCUUUGGACAGAAUAGAGGUGCCCAGCCAAACUAUGGACAAGCUUACCCUGGGCCAGCAAAUUAUGGGAGUCAGCCUGGACCUCCACCUCCACCUCCACCAAAACGUCUAGAUCCAGACUCCAUUCCUAGUCCACAACUCAAUGAGCUGCCACCUCAGCAGAAACCCAGACACAGAAUAGAUCCAGAUGCAAUUCCUAGCCCAAUCCAGGUAAUUGAAGAUGACAGGAAUAAUCGUGGGUCAGAGCCAUUCAUCACUGGAGUCCGUGGGCAAGUCCCACCCCUUGUCACUACCAAUUUUUUGGUCAAAGAUCAAGGUAAUGCCAGUCCCCGCUACAUAAGAUGUACAUCCUAUAAUAUCCCAUGCACCUCAGAUAUGGCCAAGCAGUCGCAAGUUCCUCUUGCUGCAGUCAUAAAGCCGUUGGCUGUACUUCCUGCAGAAGAGUCUCCUCCUUACUUGGUAGACCAUGGAGAAUCAGGCCCUAUCCGAUGCAAUAGGUGUAAAGCCUACAUGUGCCCUUUUAUGCAAUUCAUUGAAGGUGGAAGAAGAUUUCAGUGCUGCUUCUGUAAUUGUGUCACUGAGGUGCCGUCUCAGUACUUCCAGCACUUGGAUCACACGGGCAGGCGAGUGGACUACUAUGACAGACCUGAGUUAUCAUUGGGGUCCUAUGAGUUCUUGGCAACUGUUGACUACUGCAAGAAUAACAAGUAUCCCAACCCCCCUGCUUAUAUUUUCAUGAUUGAUGUAUCAUACAAUGCAAUAAGAAGUGGCUUGGUAAGGCUGAUCUGUGAAGAGUUGAAGACGCUCCUGGACUACCUGCCCAGAGAAGGAAACAUGGAAGAAUCAGCCAUCCGUGUGGGCUUUGUCACCUACAACAAAGUUCUGCACUUCUAUAAUGUGAAGAGCUCCCUGGGGCAGCCACAAAUGAUGGUUGUGUCAGAUGUAGCAGAUAUGUUUGUCCCUCUGCUCGAUGGGUUCCUGGUGAAUGUUAAUGAAUCCCGCACAGUUUUCACUAGCUUGCUGGAUCAGAUACCAGAAAUGUUUGCUGAUACAAGAGAAACAGAAACUGUGUUUGCCCCAGUAAUUCAGGCUGGCAUGGAGGCUCUGAAGGCAGCAGAGUGUGCCGGCAAGCUCUUUAUAUUUCAUACAUCACUGCCUAUUGCGGAGGCCCCAGGGAAGCUGAAGAACAGAGAUGACAAGAAACUGAUAAACACGGAUAAAGAAAAGACUCUCUUUCAGCCUCAGACAAACUUCUAUAACAACUUAGCCAAGGAAUGUGUAACACAAGGCUGCUGUGUGGAUCUCUUCCUGUUCCCAAAUCAGUAUUUGGAUGUGGCUACCUUGGGGGUUGUUCCUCAUCAAACAGGUGGCUCCCUUUAUAAGUACACAUUUUUCCAGGUGGAAACGGAUCAGGAACGCUUCUUGAACGACUUGCGCAGAGAUGUUCAGAAAGAAGUGGGCUUCGAUGCUGUGAUGAGGGUUCGCACAAGCACUGGUAUUCGCGCAACAGAUUUCUUUGGAGCUUUUUACAUGAGCAACACCACAGAUGUGGAAUUAGCCGGCCUAGACUGUGACAAAACAAUCACCGUGGAGUUCAAACAUGAUGAUAAGCUUAGUGAAGAAAGUGGAGCACUUCUUCAGUGUGCUAUAUUGUAUACAAGUUGUGCAGGACAGAGGCGACUGCGUAUUCACAACCUCUCCUUGAACUGCUGCACUCAGCUGGCUGAUCUUUAUAGAAACUGUGAGACGGACACACUUAUCAACUUCUUGGCCAAAUUUGCAUAUCGUGGAGUUCUGAACAAUCCAGUCAAGACAGUGAGAGAUACGCUGAUCAACCAGUGUGCGCAGAUACUGGCAUGCUACCGGAAAAACUGUGCUAGCCCUUCUUCUGCCGGACAGCUGAUUCUUCCUGAAUGCAUGAAACUGCUCCCUGUGUAUCUGAACUGUGUUUUGAAAAGUGAUGUGCUUCAGCCUGGGACAGAAGUCACCACUGAUGACCGAUCCUACAUCCGCCAGCUAAUCACCUCCAUGGAUGUGGCAGAUACAAAUGUUUUCUUUUACCCUAGACUCCUGCCGCUGACCAAGAUAGAUCCCAACAGUGACUCCUUACCACCAGCAAUCAGAAACUCUGAAGAGCGGCUCUCCAAGGGUGACAUAUAUCUGCUAGAAAAUGGGCUGAACAUCUUUUUGUGGGUAGGAGCAAAUGUUCAGCAAGGGCUGAUCCAGAACCUCUUUGGAGUGGCAUCUUUUAGCCAAAUCAGCAGCAAUAUGUGCAUGCUGCCAGUUUUGGACAAUCCCUUUUCGAAGAGAGUACGGUCCGUCAUUGAUAUGUUCCAGUCUCAAAGAUCACGCUAUAUGAAGCUCAUGAUUGUCAAGCAGGAAGACAAACUGGAUUUGCUGUUCAAACACUUUUUGGUGGAAGAUAAGAGCAUGAACGGGGGUGCUUCAUAUGUGGACUUCCUCUGUCACAUGCACAAGGAGAUCCGCCAGUUGCUGAGCUAGAGCUGGAGAUAUGCUGGAUUCCAGCACUGACACUUCUAUGUUCACUAACCGCCUGAUGAAUGGGCCCAGCUCCUUCGAGAAGGACAAUACAGAAAGCUGUACAAUUCCAUAAUUUUUAAUACACUGUGCAUAAACAUUUUCAGCAUCUCCCAAAACCCUUUGAAGAAGUGAGGCAUGGACA